UCUAAUGUCGCGUGUCAUCUUUGAUUUAAUCCAAGAGUGUAAUCCUGAUUAAGCAAAGGCCUUCUAAGGUUCUUGACACUCUCCUUACAACAAAAUGUUGAAGUCGCAGGAGAAGUGAAAGGGGCACAACAUUUUAUAGUCUGUCCGAUUCUUUUCAGUUUUUCCAGCAUCGCAUACCAAAAUGGCUGUGCUUUAAUCAACUAUCGAUUAAAUAUUGUGUUGUUUUCCAUUUUCCCACCUCUCUCUCUCUCAAAAAAAAAAGAAAAAAAAACAAUGAAUUCGACAAACUUCUUUCUUAUUUUCUCCCUUCUUCUUGUAAUUCAAAUUCCACUUCAUGUCAACGGUUUUCUGCGAAGAUGUUUCGUGUGUAGAUCGAGAGGAGAGUUGGGAACUUGCAAAGAUGAAUUUACAUUUAAUGUUACACAAAUUGAGAAUGUAAAAGGAGUUAAAGCAGAUCCAUGUGCAUCAGGCUGGUGUGCAAAAAUUAUUCAGGGACGAAGUAUCAAUAGUGAACAUGAUGAAGCUACAGAAAGAACAUGUCUUCAAAGAGGUCCAGAUGAUGGAGAAGAAAGAUGUGCAUAUACAACAAUGGAUUAUAAAAAAGUUUUCAUUUGCUUUUGCAAAGGUGAUUUGUGUAAUAGUGCGAGUCACACAGUUCCAAGUAUAUUAAGUCUUAUCACAAUAAUAACAAUUAUAAAAUUAUUUUUGUGAAAAAUCAAAAUUUUUUUUAAAUGAAGGACCCUCUUUGUUUUUACACAAAGUUAGUUAAUAUAAAUUUUAUAAAUGUGUAAAAAAAAAAAAUUUGAACAAGUGCAAUGUUGUCACACAACUGUGAA